GUGAAGCUGGCAUUAGAUUCUAAUCUAUACAUCAAAGCAGCCAAGCCUACUACUUUCCUUUCAGUCAGACUGGAGCUUAUCUACUCUGCACAGAUUUUGGACACAGCAAGGGAACUUGAACUAGCUGACAUGUGAACUAAUCCCGUGUCCCUGAGCUAUGGCUGCAAUUUCUGCAAGGAGUGUGCUCGAAACACACUGAAUCCAGAGCAACAGUCCAAGGACAGUACCUCCUGCUCCAUGUUCAAGGUUCAGCUCAGGUUACUCAUAGACAGUUCUGCUAUAUAGUAAAGCUUUCUUGCUGCAUCAUCAGAAGGAAAAUCCUCCUUGAAAAUACAAAGGUAAGGUCUGCCAGAAAGGAGGGCAUGAAUCCCUGUGAUUUUUCCCUGGGGAAGCCUCAAUCAGCAGAGAAGGUCUGUCUAAACAAGGAGGCAUCUUUGAGCAAACACUGUUCUAAGAAUGCCCAGAAGGAUCUUUCUUUGGUGACUCCCAAUGCUGGUGGCUACCCGGAGGAGAGAAGAUGUAGAGAACAUGCAAAAAUGCUGGACUGCUACUGUCAAGAUGACCUGGCAUGUGUUUGUGCGAUGUGCUCCAGUGUAGGUUCCCACAAGGGCCACAGCAUUGUCGCUCUGAAGGAGGAACAUGACAAGCAGAGGGUAAUUCUCUCACUGACUAUGAAAUCAAUACAAGAAAACAAAAAUGCUGUGAAUAAGGUCCUCAUGCAUCUUCAGAAGAGUGAAGAUCAGAUAAAGUACAACAAGAAAAGCUUGACAGUUCAGCUGUCAAAGCUCUUCCAGGAGAUCAAGUCCCAAGUGAAUCAAAAAGAGAAGCAGAUCCUGGGUGAUAUUCAGUCCAAUGAGGAGAAGCAGCUGGCUGAUAUCUUUGCACUGAAAAAGAAAGCGGAAGGAAAGAGGGAUGCCGCUCUCCACGGCCUUCAGGAGCUGCAGAUGCUGACCAAACAAGCGGAUGCUUUCCGCUUCCUCAAGGAUUUUCAGCUGGCCCAAGAGAGGAUUAAGAAACAGAAUUCCAGCAAUGAGAGUGUUGAAGUGUUAACAGUACAUCUGGAUGAGUCAGUUAUUCAGGAUGUCAGAAGCCACACAGAAGCAUACCUCUCCAACCUAGAUAACCUGAUGCAAGUAGUACAUGGUAAAAUCAUUAACCAAACGCAAUGGUGCAGGGCAAUUCCAGCAGCUGAAUUCUCACUUGAUGAUGUUGUUUGUGAAGUCUUUCCAUCACCUCCAUCACCACAGACUAGGAAACUGUCCGGAACAAAUUCAGCUGCUGCUCAUUUGACAUUUGGGAACAUGGAACAAGAUCCCUGAAUCUGUCUCUUGCAGUCAGAAGAUCCUUGUUUUAGGAUUGCUUCAUGGGAACGCCAACCUAUUCUGGUGUGCACUCAAUUCACAGCUUUUUUUUUUCCAGGCUGGAAUUUCAGGAAAAUGGAUACUAACCAGGUGUUUGAGUGGUACAUUGGAAUCACCAUGUUGGGAACAACACUGCCGUUACAUUUAACAGUAGGCUGUUAUUUGCAGCUAAGCAGUGGUGUAUUCUGGAGAACCCGGUUUGAUUCCCCACUUCUCCACUUGUAGCCAGCUGGGUGACCUUGGGUCAGUCACAGCUUCUAGGAUCUCUCUCACCCCCACCCUCCUCACAGGUUGUGGGGAUAAUAACAACAACAACAUUCGAUUUAUAUACCGCCCUUCAGGACAACUUAAUGCCCACUCAGAGCGGUUUACAAAGUAUGCCAUUAUUAUCCCCACAACUUUAGCGAGCCGUGACCAGCCCAAGGUCACCCAGCUGGCUUCAAGUGGAGGAGUGGGGAAUCAAACCCGGCUCUCCAGAUUAGAGUCCCGCGCUCUUAACCACUACACCAAACUGGCAUAUAAUGAUAACAUACUUUGUAAUCCACUCUGAGUGGGUGUUAAGUCAUCCUGAAAGGUGGUAUAUAAAUCAAAUGUUGUUAUUAUUAUUAUUAGAUGUUGUUUACAGUAACAUAUUAGCUAUCGGUAAACAAAGUGUAUUCUAUUCCAAAAACAAUCAUGGUGGAAUUGAAUUGUGAAUGAAGUCUAGUGGAGUGCUUAGAUGUCUUUCAAACCAGAAAAUGGGCACUACAAGUGGAACUGGUGCCUCAGCUCACUCACGCCUACAUGCUGGGUUUAGUGUUUCCAAAGGCUGUCCAAUUCUCCCCUCAUGAUUGUUUUUGAUUUGAAAAAUGCCUGAUUUGCUUUCGCUUCUUGCAGACUGUACUUUGAUAUGUGUAAAAAUAAUGGAGCCAUGAAACAUGGCGCUACAUACUAUAAAUAGCCUAUCUUAAUCUUUUGUACCAAGCUGUCAAAACAUUUUCUUCAUAGGACUGUAAACUCUGUGAUAAUGUGUUGUACAACUCUCCUUAAAUUCUGUUUGGCAGCCCUCUUUGUAAGCAAAUGUUUAUAACAAAUACAGGCAUGUUGAUUUGCUUAACAGCAUGAACAGCUACAAGCGAUGGUUGUUUCUUUUUGUUUAAUUUUUGCACUUGAAACAAAUCAGACAGAAGCCAUAGCCUUGCAAGCAUCACUCCUGCUUAAUUAAGCCAAUCUUGGAUGGUAGGAAUAAAUGUUUAGAUGGUGAUUAGCACAGUUAAAGCUGCUAAAAGAGAAGGCACUUAUUGGAGAUCUAGUGGGUUCAUUUUUAUCUGCAGCUUAAAAUAUAGUUCAUUGAACCAGUCCAGAGCUGCUGAUGUUAUUGUUUUCCCUAAGAAAGAAAGUCCAUUUGUAUUGUCAUGGCUCCAGCCACUGACUGCAAGUAAACUUUCCUUGAUAGGGUUUAUUUCUGUUUUAAGGCGAGUAUUCAUUUUGCCCUGGAGCAGGAGAUGAGGUUGCCAAAUGCCUGGAGGGAAAGAGUCCUGCCCCUUUCACAGAAGCUUAAUGGACUUUUAUUGACCUGGUGAUGUUACUGUUAAUCUAAUAAAUAAGUAAAUAAACAAACUUGAAAGUUUCAGCGACCUAUUUCCACACAGUCAGACUCUCUUAAAGGGGCAGGGCCUUUUCCUGCAGGCCUGUUGGUAAUCCUAGCAGGAGAGCCAUGAGACUUUGCCAGGAAACUUAAACUUCUGGACUCUUUUAUUAGGUGAAACUGGGAAAGAGGCUUCUCUAUAUUUUGUUAAAAGGUAAAAGUAGUCCCCUGAGCAAGCACUGAGUCAUUACUGACCCAUGGGGAGGACUUCACAUCACGACGUUUUCUUGGCAGACCUUUUGUUACAGGGUGGUUUGCCACUGCCUUCCCCAGGCAUCUACACUUUGCCACCAGGAACCUGGGUACUCAUUUUACUGACCUUGGAAGGAUGGAAGACUGAGUCAGCCUUGAGCCGGCUACCUGAACCCGGCUUCCGCCAGGAUCAAACUCAGAUUGUGAGCAGAGUUUGGGCUGCAGUACUGCAGCUUACCACUCUGCGCCAUGGGGCUCCUUUAUAUUUUGUUACCAGCAGUCAGAAAGGUAGUGUUGGUAAUCCAAAUGGUGGGUCAUGUUCCCAGUUCAGGAUAUCAGCUAUCAUUUAUUUAAUUUUUAGCCUUUGGGGAAAGUCCCUCAAGAGGGUUAGUAUGAUGGCAUCAUAAAGGCUAGAUUUAUUGUGGCAUAAGCCUUUGUGGACUAAAGCUCACUAUUAAUCUUUAAGAUACAAUAAGACUCUUUUCUUGGUUUCGCUGCAAUGAACUAACAUGGCUGCUACUCUGAAAUCUGCCAUUAGACAGAGUGUGUUAAUGCCCUUAGGGUUGCCAACUGCCUGGAGAAAAAAAAUAUCCUGUCUUUUUAAUAAAGGCGUAAUGAUAUAUUUUAACCAGGUGAUGUGAUUUACCUCCAUGCCAUGAAAAGCUUCAGAUGCCCAUUUCCACACGUUAAGCGUGUAUUAAAAGGGCACAAUGUCUUUUUCUCCAGGCCUUUUGGCAGCCAUGUGAAAGACAUUUGACAUGAAUAAAAGCUUUAAAAUAGUCACUAAACACUAUUUGUUUAAAAUGAAGAUUAAAAUACAUGGCUGAAUAGCUUCCUAACAAAACACGUCUUUCAAGAUUGGAGAUACGUCAACCUAUGAAAAAAACAAAUUGGUAUAAAUGGGGCAGCAAGAUACCUCUCAGGGGUCAACCGCUUGGAACACAUAACUCCUCCACACAGUGUCAACUGCCCUGGCUACCUAUUUGCUUCCAGGCCAAACUCAAAGUGUUAGUUAUUACCUUUAAAGCCCUUCACGGCCUAAGGCCCUCAUACUUAUUGAACCGCAUCUCCUAGUAUACUCCCCUGUGUUAGUUCCAUGCUUCAAACAUUCUCCUCUUUAAGGUGCCCUCCCUUAGGAGUCCAUAUGGCUACAACAAAGUCACAGGCUUGUAAGGUGGUGGGCCCAUUCCUCUGGAACAAUCUGCAAGAGAUGAUGAAAGGUACCGGCUGGAUAUUAGGAAAAACUAUUUCACGGUCAAGUAGUUCAAAGGUGGACUCAGCUGCCUAGGGAGGUGAUGAGCUUCCCUUCAUGGGCAGUUUUCAAGAAGAGGCUGGAUGAAUAUUUGUCAGGGAUGCUUUAGGCUCAUCCAGCAUUGGAAAAAACAGACCAACGUCCCCUUAUCCAGCAUUGGGCAGGGGGUUGGACGAGAAGGUCUGUAUGGCCCCUUCCAACUCUGUGAUUCUGUGAGGAGAGCACCUUUACUGGCUAUAUUCAGGAUGGCGUGUGAGACAGUCCUGCAUCCAAAGGCAUUUGGUAGAGGGUAAAUUGUUCCAGCAGGUUUUGCUGUGAUCCUGUGUAUUUUAACUCUUGUGUGUUUUAAGUCUGAAUGUUUUUACAUUGGCAAACUGUGUAAUUUAAUGGGUUUUCAUUUUGUUAACUGGAUUAUUAUUAUGUCUUUGCAGCUUGAUCGCUGCAUUGUUCACCACUUUGAGUCCAAGGAGAUAAGACAAGAUAGGAAUAUUUUAAAUGAUAAAUAAAUAUAACUGUACCCUAAAUCAAACACUGUCCAUGAAUCAAAACACAUCAACUCCUUGUUCAGCUCUUAUAUCUUUUGAUGAGGAUAUGUCUGGUGCCCAGAACGUCUUUGCCAUGGCCCUAGUCAUUCUAGUACCAAACACUGCUGGUUAUUUCCUGCCUCUAUUAAUUACUUUUGGAAAUUAUGCUGCUGUAGCUCUGAAAUGGGUUUGUAGGAAUAUCCCAGGUAAAAAUGUGCUUCAAACUGAGCAUGUAUGAACUAUUAAAGAGAUAUGUUGCAGAAUUACCCAGUGUGUGGGAGUACUUACUUGGAUGCAGUACAGUUAAGACUGUAAUACAGGAUUGCCAACCUGCUGGGGCCUGGAGAUCUUCCAGAAUUCCAACUGAUCUCCAGACAACAAAGUCCUUGGAGAAAAUGACUGUUUUGGAGGGUGGGCACUAUGACAUUAUAUCCUCCUGAGCUCCCUCCACUCCCUGAACCCUGCCCCAAGUCUCCACAAAUUUCUCACCCUGGAGUUGACAACCCUAAUGCAACACAUCCUAUUUUUCAUUUUAAGACUAUGUGCUGCAGCUUAGAGAAGCUCCCUCUAUCUUGAUUUGAAAUUCUUUUUCUCCUCCACUUUAUUUUCUUGAGGCUUACCAUUUACCUGUUUGUAGCAAGCAAUCUCCAGGUAAUUUUCUCUGUUGCCUGCUGCUAUUUUGAGCAGUAGCAAAAGAAAAAUAAAUAAAAACAAGGCUGUAGUCGAGUUGUCAGCACAUCACUUCCAGGUUACAACCUGUAAAUUUAUAGAGGUAGUUGUAGGAAUUGCCAGAAACUCUAUGGUAAAACAAUAGUAUUUUACCAUAAAGUUCUGCAAUUACUAGAGCUUCCCAGAGUCACUUCCAGGAUGUACCCAAGAAGUGAUCUGCCAGCAACCAGCCUUAUUUUUAUUUAUUUUUCUCCUGCUGCCACCCCUCUUCCUGCUGGUUGCCAGGCUGGGCAACCCUCCAGCCUAAUAAAGGAUACUGAAGAACCUGAAAGUUAGCACAUCAGUUUGUGAGAUUUUGGUUAGUCCUAAUAAAAAGGCAUUAUACUACCGUUACUUCUGGAAUUUUUUCUACUUUCAAUUUUGUGUGCUUUGGAUGCUUUAUUUAAUCAAAUUCAUUUUUAUGUUUGUAUAUUUUGUGUGUG